UGGAAGAGGACGCGUUUUGACUUUUCAAUUUGUUCUUCAUGAAUAAUGUACCAUCAGGUUCCAAGAGAUUCCAAGAUGGCGGACACACAAAGAGCACAGCGUGAUAAGGUAAUGACUGGUGACCUACCAGAAGAUUUCCUUCGUUUCAACGCUCCUGGUGGUACCCCUGCUGCUGGUCAAGCACCCGGCAUGGUACGAGUUAUGUACCCCGGUACAUUUCUGCCAGUACAACAGGUUCCUACUGGACGACUGAGCAUAACUGUUGUACAGGCAAAACUUGCAAAGAAUUAUGGUUUAACAAGGAUGGAUCCCUAUUGCAGAAUCACUGUUGGUAAUAGUGUAUUUGAGACACCAACAGCUCAUAAUGGAGCAGCAAACCCAAGAUGGAAUAAACUAAUGGCAUGUUCUUUACCAAGGGGUGUUUCAUCAAUUUACAUUGAAAUAUUUGAUGAAAGGUCAUUUUCAAUGGAUGAAAGAGUAGCAUGGGGGUUGGUUCAGAUCAAUGAUCAAGUGUUAAAUGGAGAAACAUUAGAUGAUUGGUACUCAUUAAGUGGAAGACAAGGAGAAGAAAAAGAAGGAAUGAUAAACCUGGUCUUUUCUUACAGGGAAGUGCAAGCUCAACCAGUGAUGUAUCAACAGCCAAUGCCAGUUAUGAUGGUGCCACAACCAAUGGUUCCUGGCGUACCAGUCAUGUACCCUGGUGGAUACCAACAACAACCUCAAGCAGACCCUCAAGCCCAACCACUCCCUCCCAGACAACCAACACAACAAGACAUCCAGAAUCUUAAAGAUAUGUUCCCUAAUAUGGAAGAAAGUGUAAUCAAAUCUGUGUUGGAAGCUUCAGGAAAUGAUGUUGGAGAAGCAACGACUAAUUUGUUAGCCAUGACAAGUGAAGACCAAGAAGCUGCUAGUACUUAAGUAACAGCAUUACAGCUGAUACUGCAACCACUUUAACUAAUGAUAUUAAUUAAUCAUUAAUCAAACUGUAGUUUGAAAGCAAAAUAAGCCAAUUUUAAGCCAAUCAGGAGUAGAUAUGAAGGCCAGAUCAAGUUGAACCAUGGUCAAAUGAAAGAUUGUGAUUGGUUGAAGUCAUGAUAUUUAUUUUGUCUCAAUCCUUCUGAUUGGUUGUAGUCUGCCUGCUGCAUCAUAAUUGUUUAACUGGUUAACUAGUUUGACUACACGUAAGUAAUUUAGAAUGAUAAUGAUAAUUCAUAGAACUUUCAUUAAACAUUUGUCUCGUUGGUACAUUGUGCGUAGAGGUACAUGGAAAGCCACUUAUCUAGUAUCUAGAGCAAAAGCAUUUUAACUGAUUAUAAAGACAUUAAAAUGUCAUUAUUACAUUCAAAAUUAGAAAGCUACUUAAUCCAAGAUUGGAUCAGGGGAAUGAUAGUGUUCAUCAUAUUUUCUCCUUUUGUUCAGAAAAAAACAGGUUUACUUUCCAUUGCUGCUUUUUUGAAAAAAAUACAGUGAUUUUUCUCACAAAGUAUGUACACCCUAAAUAUAGCAAGGUAAAAAUAAUGAAAACCUCAUUCCCAUACUAGGAAGCCAUUCUGCCCCAACUGAGAGAACUAGUAUUCUAGUUGAACUACAUUCAAAUAACUAAGACAAUGGCUGUGACAAUCAGCUGAUAAAAGCCUCUAAAUUUCUAAAUUAUAUUUGUUGAACACUGAUCAUUAUGCACUAUUUCAAUAUAGAUUCAAAUUAUAAAUAAUUUUAUCACUUAAAUAUCAAUUGUAAAUUUGAUUUUGAGCGUAGGUACUGUUAAGAUACACAAGUAGAAGUCUGUUCCAUUUCUUAAGAUUUGUAAAUAUAUACUUUAUUUUUGAUCAAAAUAUUAAAAUUUACAGCCACAAGUA